GUCAAGGACCAGUUCAGAUCUUGCUCAGCUGGCGAUCUAGAACGAGCAGAGCUUGGCACUGUACAGGGAGAGCAGCAGAGCUCUGAGCAGGGAGCUGAGCGUGAAGUUGGCGCAGCUGUGAAAGGCAGGAAACUAAAACACACACCUCUUGAUCGCGCCGUUCUUCGUGAGGUUGCAUAUAGAGCUGGCACAGCUGCUCGUGAGAUCUCACGUGUCCUAGCUGCGGUGAAGCCGGCGCCGUCGCUUCCAUGAGAGAAAGAUUUAGAGCUGCCGCCUCAAGGUCUUGGUGUCCCCCUCACCUCUGGUCCGCUUGUCGCUCUCCAACCUUCACAACUCCUGAAGGAGAUUGUCUUAACGCCAUCCUGAGAAAGGAUUGAGCAGGAAAGGGUGUCAAUAGCUACAGCCUAGAGAAGCACACCAUCUUUCCAAGCCUCUUGCUCCUUCCGUAUGAUCAACAGCAUUGCGCGCUAAGCAGAGAGUUGGCCUCCUGGGAAGACCUGUUGAUCGAUUACACUGCGUAAUCCCAGGGGUGCUGUUGAGUUGCAGUAACCAGCUUUGGUUUAGCCUGGUUUGUCAUUGGUCUUAAUAACAUCUAGGUUGCUCGCAGAGAUAGAGAAUGGCAGGCUCAGUGGCUGUCUGUCCUGGAACAAGUCACUUUGCUGGGUUAGCUGGACUUAACCAACAUACUUCUCCACAGCCAAGCAGUUCGGGUCGGUGUCGCGCCCCAACACUUCCUGCCCUGUCACGGUCAGCGUUUCUGGGUUACUUCUCAGGUCAUGAGCGGAACGUGCACAAGACUAUUGAUUCCAGGAGGCGAAAAGUGAGGGCGGUUGCGUCCCCUCCCCGUCUGCGGCCUCUUUCGACGCCAAACAAUGAAACUGACAAAAUUGCGGUUGAAAAACGAUCGGGCCUCCUUUCGGAAACCCCUGUCGUUUCGUUGAACGGGCGGGCGAUCAUUAGCAGGGGGAAAGAGAAAAAUGAGCGGAUGGUCCCGAUUGAGGUGGCUCUGUCACGGGUUAGAAACGGGGGCACGCCACAACAAAAGAUGAAAGACACUUGGGAGGCGCCUUCUGUGGAGUUACGGAGGGGCGAUCCAAGCACGUCUUCAAACGGUGCCGCAGUCCCAGCUAUUUCAGACCGAGCGCUUACGCAAGCAUCAGCAGAAACCUCGCUGACUUCAGCGGAAGCGCCGUCCGCAAACCGGAGUCGCAAGGGCGUGGAGUUGAAGAGGGGCACAGUGGUUCUGCGGAAAGGACCCCUAAAGAGUCCCGCAGACAGCCUGGGAGUCAGCCCCGAGAACGGAAGCUCUAACGGUGCCUAUAAGACGCAGACGGCGUAUGGGUCCAGUUAUCAGAAUGGGGCGGCCCGGAAAAACGACCUGGCGAUGAGAAUAGGCACCAGUGCUGCUGCGAACGGGCUGGUGGGGCAGGCAGCGGGGGCGUUAACACUACCCAGCCAGGCGCAGUCUGGGAUCGUUCCUCCUAGUGGGAUGAGGGCGGCAGCAGUGUAUGGAUUGAGAGAGGAGGAAGUGAAAAUUCUGCCCUCGGACGAGGACUUCAGAUGGAGCAAGGAAGGGUAUUCCAAGACGAGGAGAACCGUCGACGUGUGGUCUUUCGUGCUGUUGUUGCGGUCGCGGCUCUACCUGAUUGACCAAAAGUGGAGCUAUGUCGGUGGCUUUAACGAAGAGAAGAAGAAAGCGCGCACGCGUAAGCUGGCGGCGUGGGUGCGUGAGAGCAUUUUGCAGUUGGGCCCGACGUUCAUCAAGGUCGGGCAGCUCUUCUCCACGCGCUCGGACCUGUUCCCACUCGAGUUCGUCGAGGAGCUCUCCAAGCUGCAGGACCGUGUGCCGGCCUUCUCAGCGGACAAGGCGCGCGCGCUCAUCGAGAAGGAACUGGGCGCCCCGGUGGACGAGCUGUUCGCCCGGUUCGAGGACCGCCCCCUUGCCGCAGCGAGUCUUGGCCAGGUGCACCGCGCGUGGUUACCGACCGGCGAGGAAGUCGUGGUCAAGAUCCAACGGCCAGGAUUGAAGGAGCUGUUCGACAUCGACCUGGAGAACCUCAAGAAGAUUGCGGACACGUUCCAGGGCAAUGAUGACGUCGGCGGGCCGAGCCGCGAUUGGCUCGGCAUUUAUGACGAGUGCGCGACGAUCCUGUAUCAGGAAAUCGACUACAUCAACGAGGGGCGGAAUGCGGACCGGUUCAGGAGAGACUUCCGGACGUACGGAUGGGUCCAGGUGCCGAAAGUGUACUGGGGCUACGCGUCCAAGAAAGUGCUGACGUUGGAGUACUUGCCAGGGUUAAAGAUCAGCGACGUCGCGGCUCUGGACGCAGGCGGUUAUGACCGCCCGCUUCUGGCCCGCCGGUCAAUUGAGUCGUACCUUAUACAGAUUCUAAGGACGGGCUUCUUCCAUGCGGAUCCGCACCCCGGCAAUCUGGCCGUGGCUCGGGACCAGUCGCUGAUCUUCUACGACUUUGGUAUGAUGGGCGAGAUCGCAAAGGACACCAAGACCCGGCUGCUCGAGGUGUUUUACGCGGUGUACGAAAAGGACGCGCGCAAGGUCAUGGCCGAGCUCGUCGGCCUCGGCGCGCUCGUGCCUACUGGCGACCAGACCGCGGUCCGCCGAAGCAUCCAGUACUUCUUGAACAAUCUGACCCCCGCCGAAGGUCAGAAGACCGACAAGGAGAGCAUGCAGAAGGCGCAGGACAAGACGCUCGCCGCGAUUGGCGAGGACCUCUUUGCGAUCGCCGUCGAUCAGCCCUUCCGUUUCCCCGCGACGUUCACGUUCGUGUUCCGCGCGUUCACGACUCUUGAAGGUAUCGGGAAGAUCCUCGACCCGGAUUUCUCCUUCAUCACCGUCGCAACUCCGUACGCUGAGGAACUGCUCGAGGUGCGGAACCGGCGGUCACAGCGCGAGUUUAUCGUAACCACGCUAACCAAGCAGGCCGAAGAGGCCAGAGACGCUGCUCUCAACAUGCCUGCGAGGAUCCAACGGAUUGACGACAUCCUGACGUCACUCGAGGCCGGCGACUUCAAACUCCGCGUGCGUGUCCUAGAAGCUGAGCGCGCGGCACGACGGAGUGGUAUCCUCCAAUUAGCGACUAUGAACACGGUUGCCGCGGUUGGGUUGCUGAACAUCGGAGUGACCCUGGCGACAAACGGAGCGACUACGCCCGCGAAUGCGGCGUUCGUUUUGGGGAGUGCGUUUAGCGCGUACGUUGUAUGGCAAAUGAGGAGGGUCAAGAUUCUUGACAAGUUUGAGAAGAAGUUGUAGCGUUGUUUGGAGCAAAAUCUUGGAUGGCGCACGCUUUACCAGCAACGGAUUCGAUUCAUUCUUUGUACAUGCAUAAAUUUGACAACAUUAUAUACGUGCACAAGCUUCUGAAGUAUCCGCGCGGCA